AUGGCGACGUUGAAUACGGUCUCGGUUUUAUAUCUCGUUCUAUCAAUUAUUCUAGUUUUCGAGGCGAUUACGAUAAGCAUGAAGGAUGUUUCACACCCAAAAAAUAGCACGGAUGAUGUUUCAUAUCAAAAAGUUAGCACGAAGGAUGUUUCUUACAAAAAAAACAGCACGGAGAAUAUUAUAAGCUAUGGUGCUAUGCGUGCGAAUCAUGCAUGGGGAUGCUCUCCAAAGUACCCUCAGUUUUGUAAUAAAACUGAGGCAAAUCCAUAUACGAAAGUUUGA